AUGAGCGGCUGGUCAGUAAAGUCUGCAAUUUGCGUUGCCGUAACAGUAUCGUUAAUCGAUUUCUUAAUAACAUGCUUCGCGAUUAGUUGGCAUGAUGAAGAGCCAUCUUGGACGACGUUCACGAAGCAGUUCAGUGAAUACUCGUUCAUGGCAUCAACAACUGACUUCUUUGUUCUAUGCUGCAUUCGAAUUGCAAUUCUGGUGUUCGGUGCGGCCAUUUUGCUGAGCCAAGCUCAACCUUACGUACUGAUUAGUAAAUUACCACGUUUCAUUUCCUCACUUUCAAUCCUCUUUUUCGCGUUCUCACCAACCAAACUUCUCGCUUUAUGCGAUGAUAAGUCGAUUCUUUUCGUUGGUGAUUAUUUGAAUAUAAUAUGGAGCUUUAUUGCCUCAUUCAUUAUGUACCGCAUUUGGAGUGGUAUUUACAUGAAGACUGCCAGUUCCUAUGAACCAUUGGAACAAGAGACGUCUGAAGAGAAUGGAGAUGAAGAGAAUGAAGUGAAGCAACCACCGAAGCAGACGUUCGAAUUAAUUCUACGAUUACUGGAAUAUUGUGAAAGAGAAUGGAUUUGGCACCUUUCCGGUUUCACAUGGCUCUUCAUUUACGCGAUUACUCGAAUUUUCGUACCAUACUAUACCGGUCAAGUUGUUGCAACCGUUGUACAAGCUAAGCGCGAUCAUCCUGAUGAUCCCGAUAUUGGUUAUCAACUUCUCAUGGAUAGCGUUAAACUUAUGACUAUUAUUUCCUUCGCCUCUGCGAUUUCUGGUGGGUUCCGCGGUGGGUCGUUCGAAUAUGCGUACGCUCGUAUCAAUCGAGCGAUACGUUUCAGCUUAUUCGAUCGUUUGGUGAAGCAAGAAGUUGCAUUCUAUGAUGACCAUAAAACUGGUGAAGUAACAUCCAGAUUGACAGCCGAUUGUCAGACAAUGUCAGAUACGGUCGCACUUAACGUCAACGUAUUCCUUAGAAAUAUCGUUAUGUUAGGUGGUUCAAUGCUAUUCAUGAUGAGCCUUUCAUGGCGAUUAUCACUAGUCACGUUCAUUGUCGUUCCAAUCAUCUUUGUCGCUUCCGAAUUCUUCGGCACCUAUUAUGAUAAGUUAACGGAGCUUACACAAGAGGCCGUGGCUCGUAGUAAUGAUGUUGCCGAAGAGGUAUUGAGCACCAUGCGAACCGUGCGCUCGUUUGCUUGCGAAAACUUCGAAGCUGACAGAUAUUAUGUGAAAUUAACGGAUACUUUGAAUGUGACAAAAAAGAAAGCAGGCGCUUAUGUCGGUUUUCUUUGGGUCAGCGAGGUAAGCAUUUCGAAUUAUUUGGUAAUGCUGACAGAACAAACCACACUUGCCUUUGCAUUGUGUGAAAUGGGUGAAGUAUGGACCGGUCUAAUGCAGAGUGUCGGUGCAUCUCGCAAAGUGUUCGACUACAUCGACCGACCUCCACGAAUUACCAACGAUGGCCAAUUUAAGCCAGAUCAAAUGAAAGGACGUAUCGAAUUUCGCAAUGUUUACUUCAAUUACCCAACACGUCCAGAUCUACCAAUUCUCAAAGACCUUUCAUUUACGGUUGAACCAGGACAAACGGUUGCAUUAGUUGGACCAUCAGGCAGUGGGAAAUCGUCAUGUGUAGCUCUUUUAGAGCAUUUUUAUGUGCCGAACAGUGGACAAGUUCUUGUUGAUGGAAUACCAGUCGAGGAUUACGAUCAUCAUGUGAUCCACAAUAAAAUUGCACUCGUUGGUCAAGAGCCGGUACUGUUCGCGAGAUCGGUUACAGACAAUAUUGCUUAUGGAUUGGAUUCAGUGUCUGAUCAAGAUAUUAUAAAUGCGGCACAAAUGGCAAACGCACAUGGCUUCAUCAUCCAUACCACUGAUAAGUACAAUACAAACGUCGGUGAACAAGGAAGUCAAAUGUCGGGAGGUCAAAAACAGAGGAUAGCGAUUGCUCGUGCGCUCGUCAGACGACCAGUUAUAUUGCUGUUGGAUGAAGCAACAUCAGCGUUGGAUACAGAAAGUGAAGCACAAGUUCAAGAAGCAAUCUAUAAGAAUCUCAAAGGCAAAUCCGUUCUGUUGAUUGCACAUCGAUUGAGCACGGUGGAAAUGGCCGAUAAAAUUGUUGUCAUUGAAAAUGGUCGUGUUGAACAGCAGGGAACUCAUGAAGAAUUGCUCAGUCAGGAAGGACUUUAUAAGGUAUGUGCUUGUAUUUGUUGUUAUAAAAUACGUCGGUUUGCAAGCAGCCACAUCAAUCUUGUGCAACGUGAAAUGAUGCAAACUGAAGAAGAGCGAUCCAAAUUGCCAGCAAGCAGCACACGAAGCCAGUUACCAUCCACAAGCACCGUUCCACCAAAGGCAACGUCCACAGUAAGCACUCGCUCCCAAAAAUCUGGAUCUUCACCCAGAACUCAAAGCACUGCCAGAAGUCUUCUCGCCACAUCAUUCACGCCUUCCACUUCCAAUUAUCAAGCACGUUAA